AUCAAGUGCAUCUACAUCAUGACGGUGAUGAUCAUGCUGUGGAUUUUCGAGCCGGUGCCGUACCAGAUCACCUCGUUCUUCCCGCUCAUCAUGGGGCCCAUGCUGAACCUGACCACCACCAGAUACCUGGCCAAGUACUACUUCAACGAGCCGAUAGCCAGUUCCAUAGCCGGCCUGACGGUGGCGCUGAUCGCGCAAAACUGCGGCCUCAACCGGCGCCUGUCGUACAAUCUGAUCCUGAUCGUGGGGCCUCGCGUCAAGUGGCUCAUGCUGUCCUUCAUGUGCAUGGUGUUCUUCCUGUCCAUGUUCAUCAGCAACGUGGCCGUGACGAGCAUGAUGAUGACCGUGGUGGACACGCUAAUCUACGAGAUCUCGCAGAGCAAGCUGCGCAAGCGUGUCAACGAGUUGCUCCGAAAGAGAGAGAACCAGGGGGAAGAGCCUGACUACGAAGAGGUCGUCCACAUUGAAUCUGUAAAGAGCAAGCAGCUGCGCAAGACUUUUCUGCUUAGCAUCGGCUAUUCGGCGACGCUCGGAGGCCUCUCGUUCAUCACGGGAAACCGCAUCAACAACGACAUGUCCCAUCGAAUCAACAGGGACGCUCGAGACAAACUGAUGACUCCGACCACCUGGGCGCUCUACUGCUUUCCCGUGGGCAUGAUAUCCAUGCUUAUGGGGUGGGUGUUCUUGUACACCGUUUACCUCAAGGAGUAUGAGCAACAGUCGCGACUGGACAUCAGAGAAGUCAGAGAAGUCGUCCGGGACAAACUUCAAAACAUGCCUCGGACGCACGCCGAAGUGUUGUCGACGUUCCUCUUCUGCCUCUGCCUCUUUCUCUGGGCGACCAAGAAACCCGUGAUCUUUCCCGGGUGGUCCGACAUGCUUGGACUAGAAGAAAGCUACGUGACAGACUCGUCGGUGGGGUUCCUGAUUGCUCUGAUCGCAUUCAUGAUUCCCGUGAGGAGCUUCAACUUCUCGCUCGAGCACCGCCUGAUGGAGUGGAAGUUCAUCCAAAAGAACAUGCCGUGGGCCAUCAUCUUCAUCAUAGGCGGUGGAUCUACGCUUACGGAGGUUAUCCGGAGCAGCUCGUUGUUCAACGAUGCCGUGAACGCGACGAGUACGGCGAAGCUUCAUCCGGUGGCCAACCUGGUCGUUGCCGUGUUCAUGAGUUCCAUCAUCAGCGAGUUCACCAACGCGGAAAUGACCAUCCACCAGAUACUCGACAUCGCCGAGAGAAAGCAAAAAGAAAGCCAUACCAACGCGUUGUACUACAUGCUACCCAUGGGUCUCGCCAACAACUUCGCGUUCAUCUUGCCCUCGUCAGAGGCAUGGAACGCCAUUGUCUUCGAGAUCGGCGGCCUCUCCGUCAUUGACAUGAUCAUCCCAGGCAUUUUCAUGAAGGCUGUGGCACUGGCGCUCAGCAUGCUCUCCUUCUUCACGACGGGCACGGUGCUGUUCCAGAUAACCGAGCAGGCCGACAAUAUGUCGUCCUUCAACGCGGCCUCGUUGAUGAGGAGCCGCUUCAGGGCACCCGUGGCUCCCUACAGAGGGUUGCACGAGUGGCCCUUCUGAGACUCUAUGGCCGCCGGUCUCAGUAUAGAUCGACUUUUGCGUUAUUCGCAGUAAAUGGUGUA